AUGAACUCCAUCCCUAUUGAUCUCAGUUUCGAUAUAUUCUCGAGAUUGUCUUCGAAGUCUAUCGCAAGGUGUCGCUGCGUGUCGAAGCAAUGGGAUUCCAUGCUUCAACGUCCAGACUUCAAAGAGCUGUUCUUGACCAGGUCCAGGUUUCGUCCACGUAUUUUAUUCGCCCUCUGUGAAUCUGGAGAACGUGAUGAGUUAUUAUUCUUCUCGUCGCCACAGCAUCAGAUUCCGUAUGAGAAUUCAUCACUCGAAGUAGCACCCGAUUUUCAUAUGAAGCUCCCAGGAAAAGGGGAUGAAGAAGACAUAUGGGGCUAUGCCUCUGGUUUGAUGUAUUUCCCUAAUAUGUGGAACGCAAAGAAGGGUGAAGAUAGAGUGAAUGUGAUCUGUAACCCUAGCACAGGACUGUGUGUGGAUUUGCCUAAGCUGGACUUGCCCAAACUGAGAACGGACGUACACUCCACAAGCUAUUUAGGGUUUGAUCCGAUCGACAAGCAAUUCAAGGUAUUGUUUAUCACUAAAUCAUCUAGUGAUCAUAGAAUUCUGACAUUAGGAACGGGAAAAAUGAGUUGGAGGGAGAUCAAAUGCUCAUUGACUCAUAUCAUCCCUCAAGGAAAAGGGAUAUGUAUCAACGGCGUUUUGUAUUACUUGGGUCGACAUUGUGGUUAUGGAUCUUAUAUGAUAGUUUGCUUUGAUGUUCGGUCAGAGAAAUUCAAGUUUGUUGACGGAGGAUAUAUUUUUUGUUAUGAUACUAAAUUGGUAAACUAUAAGGGUAAAUUAGGUGUGAUCGUUGAGUACUGGAGUUAUGAUGACGCUAGUGUUGAUGAAACGGUUACCCUUGAUUUGAGUAUAUGGGUUCUAGAUGAUAUCGAGAAACAGGAAUGGUCGGAACAUGAAUUCACUUUGCGGGAUGAUUAUUUCUUCCAUAACCAUAAUGUCUCCGUAGUUGGACUGACGGCUGAUGGUGAAAUUGUUUUGUUGUCUCUUGAGCAUAAUUUUGGAGCGUUUUAUGUUCUUUUCUUCAAUCCCGAAGGAAACACUCUCCAGAGUGUUAGAUUCCGAGCUAAACAUGAAGGGUUAAGCAGUGGUUCAAAUACAGUUUACGCCUUUCUGAACCAUGAAGAAGAUCUUGAGUUUAAUAUCAGGAAGACAACAUAUGCGGCAACAUCAUCUAACGCUCAACUUCGUGGUAGGUUUGAGAGCAAUAACAUAUUUAAUGCUCUGUGUCUUUCAGAUAAUGAUUAA